AUGGCUCAUAUUGCCAACCUAAUCAUUGCCACUGACAGCGCCGAGUCCGCGCUCUCCUCGCCUCUCUUUCCAAAGACCCGACCGAUCGAAGACGACCCAUGGCAGGCCGAGGAGCAUGUCUGGAGGAUGUUCCAGCCGCUUGCGUCGACGGCGCAAUCCACAUCACUGCCGUCGCGCACCUUCGGUGACGAUGACUCUCUCGUUUCGCCCUCCAUGACCGCCAGCUUGAUGCGUGAAGAGCCACCACGCGCCGUCGAUACCCUUAGCAUGACCCUCAAAUUGAAGCAGAAAGAGCCGACUUUGACGCGGCGGAGAAAGAUCAGUGUCCCCGAACUCGGACCCAUGACCACGGUGCAGGAGAUGGCUAUGGAUUCUCCCACUAUUCCCGGUCGUCCUCCCGUCCAUGAGCGAGCCCAUGAACGCUCCCAUAGCGACCCGACCAGCUCGUGUCGCCAGCAGCAGGACGAGCCUACAGAACCCGUCACAAGUACCGCCGACCCCAGUCAUCUUGGCAAGAUCGGCAAUGCAGAUCUAUGCGCGGAAUCCGCCCAGCUGUCCGAAGCCCCUGUAUCCUCUUCCUGUACUCAGCUCCCAGCUGCGAGCCCGCCUAAUGCUGCCGCUGAUGUUCACACUACCGAGGUCCCCCUAGUCAUGGCACCAGAUCGCGCCCAAUGCCUACCGCAUCCCCUCUCGAUCCCCAUCCCCGUCUCCUCGCAACCUCGAUCAUAUACCCCUGCACCAUCCCACGACGACACCUCGCCGCCCGAAGUGCCCCCCAAGACACGGAAGCCUCACGAAUCACCGCAUCUCACCGCCUCACCCUCGACGACGACCAAGAGCUCCUCUUUCUCGCCCAUCUCUGCCCUAUCUUCCGCCCUUACUGCUACGUUUUCCUCCUCUGUUACCGUCCCCGAACCUGAGGGCCGCAGCUCGCCCAAACCCUGGUCAUUUGGUCGCACUUCUCCUAAGCUAUGGAGUAUCACCGGUCGCAGCUCGCCCAAAAUAUCCCGUCCCAAGCCACUAGAGCAGCAGCCCAACACUCCGGUGCUAGGCUUGCAUCCCAACAAGUCCGAGGGCUGCUUCGAUUCCGGCCCCAGUCUGCAGACUUCGGUGCCGAGUUAUCGACGUUACGAGUCGGACGAUGAAGCCAUUACACGCUCUGUCCCGCAUUCGAGAUCUAAAAAGCAGAAUCAUGGCCUCUCUGCCUCACGAAAUCCUCCGAGUCGGCCUACGCCCUCUCCAAUUCGCCCGCCGACCGCCAACAGUCACAUGUCGGUCCGAGGCGCCUCUCCUUGUCCUUCGCCGCAGCAGCAAAGCUUCCUCAAUCUCCCCAUGGGUCAUCCUCCACACCUGGCCAGCCAACACUACACGCCGACGGAGCUUAUGCAGCUUCAAACCCAGGCCCUCGCUCAAAUUCAUCGCUUCCACGUGCUUCCCAGUCGGGAUGUUGAGUCUCUCUCGCGAGAGCUUCGUGCGCUCGAUGAGCGGUGUGAAUACUUGCGCAAUACCCAUCGCUCCCUACGUCUCGGUCGCCAGUCUCUCCAUGACCGUAUCUGCUCAUACUUGCGCAGUCCGCGUGUGGCGAGAUUUUCGCCCGAGGCCCUGCUGAAGCAGGAGGAGAGUCUGAGUGAGCUAGAUCGGAGUAUCGACUCGUGGGUGAGCAAGCUGGAGCAGGCGGAGAAUCGACGCAUGCGUGUGCGACAAAAACUUCUAGAGCAUGUUGCCGCUGCCGCCGUCAUGACUAUCCCUUCUCCCGCACGCGAAGAGAUGUCCUCCAAGACCUCCCUCACCACUUCCCGACCGACGGGCGAGAAUACACCGCCACGCUCACCGCGCUCGCCGCAUUCGCCGCCCGAGCGUUACCUCAAGAAGCACCCAGCUCGCGCGCCCUCUCCCUACCUGAACGACGCGAGCCCAACUCGCCAUGCGAAACUGAGCAACGACGACUAUGCCGAGGGCGACGUCUAUGAGCUCAUGGAAUUCGUCAUGGACGAGGUUGUGCGCAUGGGCAUGUGA